AUGAGGAUCAUCAUUAAGAACAAUAAAAAGGAAAUGGAGACUGUAUACAAUUUGAUUGAGCAUACAAAUAAUAAUAUUAUUCAUGACUUGUUUGCUAUUGACACAGAAAAAGAAAAAUAUUUUGAAUUAUUGAGGAAAAUAGAGAUGAAAUGUAAAGAAGUACAGGCUAGGAAAUCAAAAAAGAGAGAAAGAGAUGUGAACGAAUAUAGGAACAAUAUACAUUAUCCUAAACUCAACAUUAAGAAAAUAACAUUGCAUUACUUUAUUUCUUGUUUAUUACAGGAUAAAGUUUAUAAAGAACCUUACUGGAUUCAAACCACUUCAGAUGGCUACAGACUUGUGCUUCUCUGGAAAAACGGAGGGUUUUAUUUUGACACCGAUGUUAUUAGCACUAAAAAAAUACCUGAAGAAAAUUUUUUGGCUAGUGUAUCAAGUGAUUCUGUCGCCAAUGGAGUGCUUGGAUUUCAAAAGCAUCAUUCAUUUAUUAUGGACUGCAUGACAGAUUUUGUUCUGCACUACAAUGCUGGCAUUUGGGGGAAUCAAGGUCCUACCUUAAUAACACGUAUGAUAAAGAAAUCAUGUCCCCUUCCACACUACAAAAAGGUGCAAGAUUUUAGAUGUGAUGCCAGGAAUCUGACUUUCAUGCAUCCAUCUCAUUUUUAUCCAAUUCACUGGACAGCGUGGGAAAAGUACUUUGAAGUCUGGAAAGAAAUUCCCACUUUUGAAGACUCCUAUGGCUUACAUUUAUAUAAUUAUAUGAACCACAAAGCAAAAAAGAUGGUUGUAGCAGGAAGCAAUACCUUGGCUGAAAAUCUGUUUAUAAAGUACUGUCCAAGUACUUAUGCCUUCCUAAUAAAGAAAGUAAAAGAUUAAAAGUGACUAAACAGCAUGAACACUAAUCACUGAUUUACGGACCACAUUGUGGAACCAUCUGAGCUUUGUUGAAUUAAAAAAAAAUCAUCAUUACUAAAGACAGAGUACUUGCAUUUGAGUGUAUUAGUGUGAACAUUGUAUGUAUCUGUUUGAUUUAUAUGAACUUUACUAACCUGUAUUCUUUAUUGGUUACAAUGAUUUCCUACACUGUGUUAGGCAGUGAUACAUGCUGAAAAGGUAGCAGUGUACAAAAAUAAGCAAAAGCUUUAAACAUUAACAGAAACACUUGCAUACAAUCAAGUAAUUCUGCUGCAACAAAAGCAAUGAAACAACAGGCAGAAGAACCAUUCAUUUAAAUCAAAAUGAAUAGAAGCAUUAAAAUAAUGAAUAAUGAGAGCUAUCUCAGAGUAAUUUGUGUGUGCAGAAUACUAUCAUGUAUAAAUCAGAUGUCACAAUCAUAUCCUAACAGUACAAGAUUCUGUGUCCUGCUGUGCAUAUCAAAGCUUUGCUUGUAUAUGGUUUGAUGUUACGAACUUAUGAAUCUUAUUAAUCCCAUAGAACUAAGCAUUGUAUGUUACUUCUAAUCCCCAAUAACAGUACAGGCUAUAAUGACAGAUGUAAGACAGAGAUGAAAAGCAUCUCUGACACCUUAUGAGCAUUGACUACAGAUGGAUAUAUAAGUAAAAUAAAUAAUCAUUUCAUCCAAUCAAGUGAUAAAAAGACAUUCAACAACUUAAGGGGCAUUUCAGACAUGUUUUGAGAAAGCAGCAUGUACUGAUGCAAAACACACAUUUUAAAUAAACUUUGUGAUUCUAUAA